AAUAUCAACAAAAUGGGGUACACAAUUUUAGAAAAAAUCAUUGCGCUACAGAAGAAGACAUCUAACAUUAGGAAUAUCUGUAUUUUGGCUCAUGUGGAUCACGGGAAAACAACACUGGCAGAUUGUUUGGUCGCAAGCAAUGGCAUCAUUUCCACGCGCUUGGCAGGGAAGCUUCGCUACCUGGACAGCAGGGAGGACGAACAGAUUCGAGGGAUCACUAUGAAGUCCAGUGCCAUUUCAUUACACUAUAUGACAGGAGAGAGAGAAUACCUCAUAAAUCUGAUCGACUCUCCCGGUCACGUGGACUUCUCAUCCGAGGUUUCUACGGCUGUACGGCUGUGUGAUGGCGCCAUCGUCAUUGUGGAUGCAGUAGAAGGAGUUUGUCCUCAGACGCAAGCGGUGUUGCGGCAGGCGUGGCUGGAGAACAUUCGCCCAGUGCUCGUUAUCAACAAGAUCGACCGGCUAAUCGUGGAGCUCAAGCUUAGUCCUCAAGAGUCCUACACGCACCUCCAGAAAAUUCUCGAACAAGUGAACGCCGUAACGGGCAGUUUGUUCACUUCUAAAGUCCUGGAGGAACGGGCAGAGAAGGAGGCCCAGGCCCAAGAAGAGCAUCCCAAGGUUGAUUCAGGAGAGCAGGUUUAUGACUGGAGCGCAGGCCUGGAGGAAACGGACGACUCGCAUCUAUAUUUCAGCCCUGACCAGGGCAACGUGGUGUUUGCCAGCGCCAUCGACUCCUGGGGCUUCAGCAUUCAUCAGUUUGCACAGAUCUAUAGCCAGAAAAUGGGAAUCCGCGUCCAGCUUUUACAGAAGACCCUGUGGGGGGAUUACUACCUGAAUGCCAAAGCCAAAAAGAUCAUGAAGGGAGCACAGUCCAAAGGCAAAAAACCGCUUUUUGUCCAGCUGGUCCUGGACAAUAUCUGGAGUUUAUACGACGCUGUGGUCAUCAGACGAGACAAAGAGAAGGUGGAGAAAAUGGUGACCUCGUUGGGGUUAAAGGUCAUGGCCCGUGACCUUCGUCACUCCGACCCGAAAGUGCUUCUGAGUGCCAUCUGCAGUCAGUGGUUGCCCCUGUCUCAGGCGGUGCUCUCAAUGGUCUGUGAGAAGUUGCCAUCUCCCACUGAGAUGAGCUCUGAGAGGGUGGAGAAGCUGAUGAGCGUGGGCAUGCGCAGGUUCGACUCCCUGCCUGAAAAAACUCAGCAGCUGAAAAAAGCAUUCUUGGAGUGUGCCAGUGAAGAAUCCGCUCCAGUCAUCGUGUUUGUGUCGAAGAUGUUUGCUGUGGACUCAAAAGCCCUGCCGCAGAACAAACAAAGGCCCCUGACUCAGGAGGAGAUUGCUCAACGUAGAGACGUGGCCAGACAGAGACAUGCGGAGAGACAAGUGGCCAAUCAGGGCCCUGAAAACCCAGAGGCAAUCAACAACACCAAGCCAGAUGCUGAUGGGCUGUGCAUACAGACGGAGGCCCUGUCGGUGAAGUCCGCAUCAGAAGACGAGGAGAAAGAGUACUUUGUAGCAUUUGCACGUGUCUACAGCGGAGUAGUGCGCCGGGGUCAGAGAGUGUUUGUCCUCGGACCCAAGUACGACCCUGCCAUUACUCUGCAGACGCUGACAGAUGAGUGUUCAGUCCCUGACUCCAUGCCCAACGUUUCCCACAUGGCCUGCUGCACUCUGGAUCGGUUGUAUUUGCUGAUGGGCCGAGAGCUGGAGGAACUCGACGAGGUACCAGCCGGCAACGUUCUAGGAAUUGGUGGGAUGGAGGAGUUUAUUUUGAAGUCGGCCACUAUCUCGUCUACGGCCGCGUGCCCCCCUUUUACACCGCUCAACUUCGAAGCCACGCCCAUCGUCAGAGUGGCGAUAGAACCCAAACAUCCCAGCGAGAUGCCCAAGCUGGUGCGGGGGAUGCGUCUUCUGAACCAGGCCGACCCGUGUGUGGAGGUUUUAAUCCAGGAGACUGGAGAGCACGUACUCGUCACGGCAGGGGAGGUUCACCUGCAGCGCUGCCUCGAUGACCUCCGAGUAAGGUUUGCCAAAAUUGAGAUCAGUGCCUCGGCACCUAUCAUCCCAUUCCGUGAGACUGUGAUCCGUCCCCCGAAAGUGGACAUGGUUAAUGAGGAACUUGGACGCCAGCAGAAGGUUGCGGUGAUCCAUCAAACCAAAGAGGAGCAUACCAAGCUCCCAGAAGGUGUUCAGGUAGAUUCAAAUGGCCUGGUGACCCUUACCACCCCCAACAAAAUGGCCACAAUCAGAGUUCAGGCCAUUCCGCUACCUGAUGAGGUGACUUGGUUGCUGGAGAAGAAUGCAGAGCUCAUCCGAACCAUGGAGCACUUCAGCCUGCUGGCACGAGAGGGCAAAGCUUCAGAGAUUAGUUCAAAAACUCUAGAGGAAAUCCGUGGAUUAAAGGCUGAAUUAAAAAAGCAUCUUCAGGGCCACAAGUGGAGAAACGCAGUGGAUCGGAUCUGGGCUUUUGGACCUCGCCGCUACGGCCCCAACAUUCUUCUGAACAGUGUUGAAGGAUACCAAAGACCAUCGGUGUGGCAGUUUCUCCAUUUAGACCAGGAGAAAAGUGAAAGCGCUGCGCUGCGGGAUUUUGAUAACAGCAUCGUUAGUGGGUUCCAGCUGGCCACGCUUUCAGGCCCCAUGUGUGAGGAGCCGCUGAUGGGCGUCUGCUUCUCCUUAGAGACCUGGGACAUGAAAAUCCCUUCUCAGACAGCACAGAAGGACUCACAGGAUGACUCUAUUUCUCAGCAGCCUUUGGAGACAGAAAAUAAUGAAUGUGACCUUGGAGAUGAGGGUGAGGCACAGAGCAGGCAUCGAGACAUGGCCGACUGCUACGGGCCGUUUUCAGGUCAGCUCAUUGCUUCCAUGAAAGAGACGUGCAGGUACGCCUUCCAAGCAAAGCCACAACGCCUCAUGGCCGCCAUGUAUACCUGUGAGAUCAUGGCUACAGCCGAGGUCUUAGGCCGCGUGUAUGGUGUCCUCUCCAAGCGUGAAGGUCGUGUCCUCAACGAGGAGAUGAAGGAGGGAACAGACAUGUUCAUCAUCAGAGCCGUGUUGCCGGUGGCCGAGAGCUUCGGAUUCGCUGAUGAGAUCCAGCGGACGAGUGGCCUGGCAAGCCCUCAACUGGUGUUCACUCACUGGGAGGUCAUCUCCAGCGAUCCAUUCUGGGUGCCCACUACUGAAGAGGAAUAUCUCCACUUUGGAGAAAAAGCAGAUUCAGCCAAUCAGGCACUAAAGUACGUGAACGCCGUUCGGAAGCGCAAAGGGCUUUAUGUGGAGGAGAAGACCGUCGAACAUGCUGAGAAACAACGGACUCUUAGCAAGAACAAAUGAGUUCCAGAGAGAUAGUUUAGAUACUUUAUUAUUGGGACAAAAGUAUUGUCACAUGUUGUUUCCUGCCAUAUGUGAUUCUUCCCAAAACUUUUACCACAAAGUCAGAGGCACACGAUUGUAUAGGAUGUCUUUGGAUGUGGUAGAAUUAAAUUUUUCCCUCACUUCAUCUAGGAGGCCCAAGCCUGUUCUAACAUGCCAGUGUUCCUGUACACAAUGCAAGCUUUAUGAACAAAUAGUUUACAUAGGUUAGAAUGGAAGAUCUUGAGUGGCCUGCUAUAGAGACGUAACCUCAACCCUAUUGAACACAUUUGGAAUGAACUGGAACACUGCACCCCCGGCCGGACUUUGCUAACUUUAUUGUGGCCGAAUGAACACAAAUCUUCACAACCCACUCCAAAAUCGAAUAAAACAUAUUUCAAGGAAGAGUGGAGAUUAUUAUACAGCAAAUGGGGACUAAAUGUGGAACAGGGCGUUCAAAAAAAGUACAUACGAAUCAUAUGGUAGUAAGGUGUCCUCAAACUUUUGUCCUAAUAUAGUGUAUAAAUAAUUAGUCUGGAUUAUUACAUCACUACAAAUCUGCCAUAAAUGAUACAUUUGUGCAUAUUUAGUAUGCGUCAUAUAUAUACAUUUCUAUAAAAUUUGGUGGACAUUAUUAAAGUAAUGUGGAAUUAAUAAAUGAAAAUACACUGAUUUUGUUGAGCUACGUGUAGAUAAUAUAUGUUAACAACAAUAGUUGACCAAUGUAAACAAAUGAACCACUAAUGUUGAUCUGAAGGGCAUAAAACCUGCUUUGACUGAAAUGUCUUGACUGAUUUGAAGUUGUAGAAUUGUAUAUAUUAAAAAUUAAAUGUACUCUUUUCCCCAUCGCCCUAAAUGAAGUGAAUCCACCUAGACCUCCAUUUCCCCAAAGGGGGUUCUAGACAUGAAACACACCGUGACUGAUCAACUAUAUUUGCAGUUAAGGGGAACAUUGUGUAAAGUUAGAUUUUUCACUUGAACCAUUUCUUUAAUUUAGAACAGUUCUGAAGCUGGGAAGCUUCAUCUGAGAUUUCCUACAUAGUCUAAAAAGCUCCCAAAUGGCGAGAGGUAAUUGGAUAAUUGACUAGCCUAGCCUUCUGCUAGUAUUCCCCAUGCAUUUCAUCAUGCACACUAUUAAGAUCCUAAAUUAAGUGUGGGAAAGUAAAAAAAACAAGAAUUUCAGGGGUUAGAAGCAUUAAAUUAUUUUUGUGGAAUACCAUGUUCAAUGAAGUGGAAGCUUGGUUUCCUUGUGGUUUUUGUCUUAGUGAGCUGGCUUUGUGCACAGGGACAUUGUUAUGCUAAAUUUGGGUCUCAUAGUUCAAGUAAAGGGAAAUCCUAAAUCUACAGCAAACAAAGAUAUUGCAGCCAGUUGUGUUCUUCUAAUGUUGGGGCAACAGGCCAAAUGUGGGUGUAAAGGUCAGGUACCCACAAACAUAUUGCCAUACAGUGUAUGAUAUCAGGCAACAAAACCCCAACAAUAAAGGUGUCUAAAAUCGUCAA